CACCCAGCUUCUUGACCCAGAAGAUGUCUUCACGGAGAAUCCUGAUGAGAAAUCCAUCAUCACUUAUGUGGUUGCCUUCUACCACUAUUUUUCCAAGAUGAAAAGAGUGCUUGCCAAGCAGUAGAAGAGGAAAGAAGAGAGUUGCACAGGUAAUGGACCAUGCAAUGGAGACUGAGAAGAUGAUUGAUAAGUACGGUGGGCUGGCUUCUGACCUGCUGAUGUGGAUAGGACAGACUAUUUCCAGUCUCAACAGCCGCAAGUUCGCUAAUUCUCUGACAGGUGUGCAGCAGCAGCUCCAAUCCUUCAGCACAUAUCGCACAGUGGAAAAACCGCCCAAGUUUCAGGAGAAGGGGAAUCUGGAGGUCCUGCUGUUCACCAUCCAGUCAAGAAUGAGAGCCAACAACCAGAAAGUAUAUACUCCUCAUGAAGGCAAACUUGUAUCUGACAUCAACCGGGCCUGGGAGAAGCUGGAGAAGGCAGAACAUGGACGGGAGCUGGCACUGAGAAAUGAGCUUAUCAGACAGGAGAAGCUGGAGCAGUUGGCUCGACGCUUUGAUCGCAAGGCAGCAAUGCGGGAGACGUGGCUCAGUGAAAACCAGCGUCUUGUUGCACAGGAUAACUUUGGGAAUGACUUGCCAGCUGUGGAAGCAGCAAAGAAAAAGCAUGAAGCCAUUGAAACAGACACGGCUGCCUACAAGGAACGUGUCCAGGCGAUAGUGGAGGUGGCAAGGGAGUUAGAAAUGGAGAACUACCAUGACAUCAAGCGCAUCAAUGCUCGCAAGGACAACAUCCUGCGACUCUGGGAAUACCUGCUAGAGCUGCUACAAGCCCGACGUCAGAGGCUGGAGAUGAACUUUACACUGCAGAAGCUGUUCCAAGAUAUGUUGCAUAGCAUUGACUGGAUGGAUGAAAUGAAAAUUAAACUCUUAUCCCCUGAAUUUGGGAAGCAUCUAUUGGAAGUGGAAGACCUGCUUCAGAAGCAUCGAUUGAUGGAGGCUGACAUGGCCAUUCAGGCUGAAAAGGUCCAUGCUGUUAGCACAGCUGCCCUUAAAUUUGCCAAUGGAGAUGGUUAUCGGCCUUGUGACCCAAAGGUGAUACGAGAUCGUGUGAACCACUUGGAAAUGUGUCACCAAGAACUAAUGGCUUUGGCUGCCGAAAGAAAAGCUCACCUGGAGCAGUCCAGACGUCUUUGGAAGUUCUUUUGGGAAUUGGAUGAAGCUGAAAGCUGGAUCAAGGAGAAAGAACAGAUCUAUUCCUCCCUAGAUUAUGGAAAAGACCUGACCAGCAUUCUCAUCCUGCAGAGAAAGCACAAGGCCUUUGAGGAUGAGCUGCGUGGCCUGGGAACCCACUUGCAACAGACCAUCAGAGAGGGAGAAGCCAUGAUUGCUCAGAAGCAUUUUGGAGUGCCCAAAAUCCGUACUAGGAUUGAGGAAGUGAAAGCCCUUUGGGCCCAGCUGCAAGAACUGGCAGCUUUUCGCAAGAAGAACCUGCAGGAUGCUGAGAGCUUCUUCCAGUUCCAGGUGGAUGCAGAUGACCUUAUGACUUGGCUGCAGGAUGCUUAUCGCCUGGUGUCCAGUGAUGAUGUCGGGCAUGAUGAAUAUUCCACUCAAGCCCUUGUUAAAAAGCACAGGGACCUCAUAGAUGAAGUAGCAGAUAACAAGAGGGUCAUGGACAAUCUAAACAAGCAAGCCCAGAGUUUUCCCACUGAGUUUCGGGAUGUGCCAGGAUGUGAGAAUAGAUUGAAAGCCAUCCAGGCAAUGUACAAUGAGGUUGUAUCCCUGGCAGAUCUGCGCAGGCAGAAGUUGCAAGAUGCCCUAGAUCUCUACACAGUUUUCAGUGAGACGGAUGCGUGUGAACUUUGGAUGAGUGAGAAGGAGAAAUGGUUGGAACAAAUGGAGAUUCCUGAUACCCUGGAGGACCUGGAUGUUGUGCAGCACAGAUUUGAUAUUUUGGAGCAGGAAAUUAAUAACUUGGCUUCUCAGAUUGAAGGGGUCAGACGAGCUGCCAGUGGCCUAAUAGAAAGUGGGCACCCACGUAGUGGAAAAGUGAGACAGUGCCAAGAACAUCUGAAUGCCAGGUGGAAGGUUUUCCAGGAGAUGGUGGCUCAGAGGCGGAAAGCUGUGGACUUUGCCCUCAGUCUUCACAAUUAUUGUGUAGAUUGUGAAGAAACAAAGAAAUGGAUCCUUGAGAAAACCAAAGUCAUAGAAUCUACCCAGGACCUAGGUAAAAACUUGGCAGGUAUGAUUGCCAUGCAGAGGAAGUUAUACGGCAUUGAGCGUGACCUAGCAGCCAUCCAGGCCAGGCUUGCUGCCCUACAACAAGAAGCACAUCGACUUGCUGGAGAACAUCCUGACCUAGCUGAUGAUAUCUACCGUCGAUUGGCAGCUGUCACUGGUGUCUGGCAGGACCUGCAGGACACGUUGCAGAGCCAGGAGGCCUCUCUUGGAGAAGCUAGCAAGCUGCACAAGUUUUUGCAGGACUUAGAUGACUUCCAGGCAUGGCUAUUCAAGGCACAGAAGGGUGUAGCUUCAGAGGAGGUGCCCAACUCCUUGGUGGAAGCUGAGCACCUCCUGCAGCAACAUGUUGCUUUGAAAGAAGAGAUUGAUCAACACAAAGAUGAUUAUAGCAACGUCAAAGAGAUAGGGGAGAGGGUGACUCGUGGGCAAACAGAUGUGGAGUACCAACAGCUGGAGCAGAGGCUCCAGGGGAUGGACACAGGCUGGAAUGCCUUGUGUAAAAUGUGGGAUAGCAAGGAGAAAUUCCUCAACCAAUGUUUGGGCUUCCAGGAAUUUCUUAAAGAUGCAAAACAAGCAGAAAUUAUCCUUACCAAUCAGGACUUCACACUGGCUCACAUAGAGUCCCCAGACACCUUAGAAGCAUCAGAAGCUGCUAUCCGAAAAUAUGAAGAUUUCCUUGCUACCAUGGAAGCUAACGAGGAAAAAAUUACUGGACUGGUGGGCAGCGGGAACAAACUUGUGGCUGAAGGGAAUAUUUACUCUGAUAAAAUUAGGGAAAAGGUCCAGCUGAUUCAAGAGAGAUAUAGAACUAAUGUCACAAAAUCUCAGGAGGCAUAUGUGUUGUUAAAGAACAAUCAUGACCUGCAGAACUUUCUACAGAAUUGCCAGGAGCUCACUCUGUGGAUUGAUGAGAAAAUGCUCACAGCUCAAGACAUAUCCUAUGAUGAAGCGCGGAAUUUGCACAGCAAAUGGCUGAAGCACCAGGCUUUUAUGGCAGAGCUUGCUUCUCAUCAAGGAUGGUUAGAGAAGGUAGAUGAGGAAGGGCAGCUACUGGCAGAGAAGAAGCCCCAAUAUGCCAGUGCUGUUUCCAAGAAGCUAGUGGGACUGUAUGAGCUUUGGGAUAAGUUGCAGGCAACCACAGAAGAAAAGGCUCAGCACCUGUUUGAUGCCAACCGCUCUGACCUCUAUGCACAGAGCUAUGCUGACCUUGGUGCAUGGAUCAGCGAAAUGGAAGAGCAGCUUAAAUCUGAUGUCCAGGGGAAAGAUCUCACCAGUGUCAAUAUCCUGCUGAAGAACCUGAAACGCCUGGAUGACCAAGUAAGCGUGCGGAAGAGGGAGAUGGAAGAAUUGCUGUCUCAGGCUCCUCCAGCCAGAGGAGAAAUGCAUGAAGUGGAUGGCAAGCAUGAGGUUAUUGAGAGACGCUUCCAAGAUCUUCUGGAGCCACUGUGUCAAAGGAGGAAGGAGCUAGAAACAGCCAAGGCCAAGUACCAGUUGGACCGGGAUCUGGCAGACGAACAGCUAUGGGUGCAGGAACGUCUUCCCCUUGCUCAGUCUACUGACCAUGGCACAGACCUCCUGUCAGUACAGCUGCUUAUGAAGAAAAACCAGACUCUGCAGAAGGAAAUUGCUGGACAUGCCCCACGUAUUGAAGAUAUUCUUUGCAGAGGGGAAAGUAUGCUGGCCGGAGCAGAUGGGGAUGGAGACUUCAGGGAUAUUGAAGAGCGCCUUAAGCAGCUGAAGGACUCCUGGGGUACUUUACAAGAGGAAGCUUCAAAAAGAUUGCAGCGUCUGGAAGAAGCAAGUGAGGCUCAGCGAUAUUACCUGGAUGCGGGGGAAGCGGAAGCCUGGAUAAGUGAGCAGGAGCUCUACACGGUAACAGAUGAGAAGCCAAAGGAUGAAGAGAGUGGGAUUGUGAUGCUGAAAAGACAACUUCGACAGCAACGAUCAAUAGAAGACUAUGGAAAAAAUAUCAAGCAGCUGGCUGGCCGAGCUCAGAAGCUGCUCUCCAGUGGCCACCCAGAAGGGGAGCAGAUCAUCCGGUUGCAGGGGCAAGUAGACAAGCAGUAUGCAGGCUUGAAGGAUCUAGCUGAGGAACGCAAACAUAAGCUGGAGCACAUGUACCACCUCUUCCAGCUGAAGCGAGAAGUAGAUGACCUUGAGCAGUGGAUUGCAGAGAGAGAUGUAGUGGCAUCAUCCCAAGAGAUGGGGCAAGACCUUGACCAUGUCACUCUGCUGCGGGAAAAGUUUCGUGAUUUUGCCAGGGAAACAGGAAGCAUCGGGCAGGAGCGGGUGGACAAUGUCAAUCUCAUAAUUGAGCAGCUGAUUGAUGCUGGUCACCCGGAGGCUGCCACGAUUGCAGAAAUGAAGGAUAGUCUAAAUGAGAGCUGGGCUGAUCUACUGGAACUGAUCGACACCAGGAUGCAGCUGCUGGCUGCCUCCUAUGACCUGCACAAGUUCUUCUACGAUGGUGGUGAGAUCUUGGUUCUCAUCGAGGAGAAGCAAAAGGAGCUACCUGAGGAGUUAGGCCGGGAUGCCAACACAGCAGAGUCUUUUCACAGGCUGCACACAGCUUUUGAGCGUGAUAUCCACUUGCUGGGAGUGCAGGUUCAGCAUUUCCAAGAAGUAGGAGCACGUCUGCAAGCAGCCUAUGCUGGGGAAAAAGCCGUCGCUAUCCAGAAACAAGAGCAAGAGGUAGUGAAAGCUUGGAAGGCCUUGCUUGCAGCUUGCGAGGGACGGCGGGAUCAGCUGGUUGAUACAGCAGAGAAAUUCCGUUUCUUCAUCAUGGUCCGGGACCUGAUAUUUUGGAUGGAAAAUGUGAUACGGCAGAUCGAAACUCAGGAGAAGCCCAGGGAUGUUUCGUCUGUGGAACUUCUGAUGAAAUACCACCAGGGCAUUAAGUCGGAGAUAGACACCAGAGACAAAAGCUUUGUUACCUGCAUCGAUCUCGGCAAAACGUUGCUACAGCGCAAGCACCAUGCUAUGGCUGAGGCCAAACUCAUCAGAGUAUAAAGCUAGGAGAUUCAGAAUUGACCUCCAACUUCAGGGUGAUCUGUAGGAGUUCUAGGGCUAAACUUGAAAGGCAUGGGAAUAUCCUGGCCCCAGGUGAGACAUACACACCCUUGCACUAUUUGCAAUGGAUGCUAAUGAUCUCUGUGUGACAGGCUUAAGUCAUCAGAAAAUAAUGCCACACGCUUGAAAACUGGUCACCCCUCCCAGAAUGAUGGAAGUUGCAGUGCCAAAAAAGGGGGGGGGGGUUGAUUAGAACGCUAAGACAAGAUGCAAUAAGAAUACUGUCAUAUGCUUCUAAUAUGCAAAUAAUCCAACAUAGAAGGUUACUGGGUAACACAUUCUCAGCCAGUGUCAUUGUGAGGAUGAAAUGGAGGACAGGAGAACAGUACAGUUCAGGGCAGCUUGUGUUGAAUGAGAAAGGAGUGGAAAAGAGGGAAAUUAAGAAAAAGAAAGGGAAAGUUUAUUUUAUCUUGUUGCAACACACUACUGUUUACCUUGGUUUUGCAAGGUUAGUCUAGUGGAGGGCCUUUUACUCUUUUCAGCUUGCUUGUACCC